AGGGGGCGCUGCGCCUCACGUUCCUGCGCCAUCUGCCUACAAGUCCUGACGGAGGGCGCUCGUUGCCCACGGCCACUUUUUCCCCUCCACCAAAGCAAGAUGGCAGCUGUUGUUGAAAAUGUUGUCAAACUGUUGGGAGAGCAGUACUACAGAGACGCCAUGGAGCAAUGCCAUAACUACAAUGCCAGGCUGUGUGCAGAGAGGAGCGUCCGAAUGCCGUUCCUCGACUCUCAGACCGGCGUGGCUCAGAGCAACUGCUACAUUUGGAUGGAAAAGAGACACAGGGGACCAGGCAUGGCACCGGGGCAGCUCUACACUUACCCAUCCAGGAGGUGGAGGAAGAAGCGGCGGUCCCACCCUCAAGAGGACCCUCGGCUUAUCUUUCCUUCUGUCAAGUCAGAUCUGGAUGUCGGGCUGAAGAAGGAUGCUCUGUUAUCAGCGGACGGCAGCAGCCUGGAGGCCCUGCUGAAGGGGGAGUCCAUGGACAAGCGGACGACCACAGAGCUCCGGGGGUCCGAGGAGGAUUCAAACCUGAGUGAGAGCACCGGAGGCCUGAACCCUGCUGCUCGCAUUAGAAAGAGAGUCGUUGAGCCCGAUGACUUCCUGGAUGAUGAAGACUAUGAGGAGGAAACGCCUAAGAGAAGAGGCAAGGGAAAGGGGAAGGGUCGAGGAGUGGGCAGUAACAAGAAGAAGCCGGACACCGCGGCAGUGGAGGACCGAGAGAAGCCAUACGCCUGUGACAACGCUAUCAAACAAAAGCAUAUUUCCAAACCGUCUGAAAGAGUCUGUGGGAAGCGCUACAAGAACCGCCCCGGUCUGAGCUACCACUACGCCCACUCCCACCUGGCUGAGGAGGAGGGCGAGGAGAAGGAAGAGAUGGAGAUCAAUGAGCCUGCAUUGCCGCUGCCCGAUGAGCCGAAAACAACCAAGAAAGGCCCAGAUGGCAUCGCAUUGCCUAAUAAAUAUUGUGAUUUCUGCCUGGGAGACUCCAAAACCAAUCUCAAGACUGGCCAGUCCGAGGAGCUGGUGUCCUGCUCAGACUGCGGGCGCUCGGGUCACCCCUCCUGCCUGCAGUUCACUCCCGUGAUGAUGGCUGCUGUGAAGACGUACCGCUGGCAGUGCAUCGAGUGCAAGUGCUGCAACAUGUGCGGCACCUCCGAGAACGACGACCAGCUUCUGUUUUGCGAUGACUGCGAUCGAGGCUAUCACAUGUAUUGUCUCAACCCGCCCAUGGCUGAACCUCCAGAGGGGAGUUGGAGCUGUCAUUUAUGUCUGGAACUCUUAAAAGACAAGGCAUCUAUAUACCAGAAGCAGAACGCCCCACCGUCGUGAUGGCCGCCUCCCCUGUGCCUCACCCCCUCGUCACUCUACCGCCCCGCAGCAGUGUGGUUCAGCCUUUGAUAUGUGGAAAGAAAGAUCUCCUCUGGUGUGUGUGUGUGUGUGUGUGUGUGUGUGUGUGUGUGUGUGUGUGUGUGUGUGUGUGUGUGUGUGUGUGUGUGUGUGUGUGUGUGUGUGUGUGUGUGUGUGUGUGUGAGACCAAACGGCCCCACUUAGCUGCAGAUAUGACUGUUACACAGUUCCAAGCUCAGAUACAGACUCGUUGAUUUUUAUUUCCUUCUCUUUUCUACAUUUGAGCAGCACUGAAUUUCACAGCAUAGACUAAAUCUUGACCUCCCAUUCAGGUUUUUUAAACAUACUGACACAGUUUGCUAUAACCUUCUCUAUCCUGCAGUGUUUCUGAAUUUAUGAGUAAAACAGAAAGGAAGCUUGUUUCAAUAAAAUAGCAUGCCAGUGCUUGCUAAGUGUAAAAAUAGAUUUUAUAAUAUUUAUAUAUUUCUAUGGCAUGUAAUAGUGUUAAGUAUGUAACAUUUGGAAAGACAAAUGGUAACGCAGUGGUCUUUUUAUUAGUUCCCAUCUCCUCAUCAUGGUAACAUCCACGACCACCUGUUCUUUUACGGCUGGGCUGAUAUUUGGGGAUUCUCUUGAUCGAGUCAAAGGGAUCUAACAGAGAUGCUAAAGGAUUUAGUAUCUAACGGCCACACAGACACAUCCAACAGAUCAAGAACUAUGAGCAUAAACUGCGCUCGUUGAAGGGGCUCCAGAGGCCUUGAGGAACAUCCGGUUAGACUUCAGUCCGGUUCUUGACUCGCGUGUGCUUGGGGCUGGCUGAGCAACACACAGCUUGAAAGGAUGCAUGACGUAACAAUUUGCAUGUUUUAUUCAGGCUUUGGGGCCCUUUUGAGAUGAAAAGGUAGCUCUGUACACCUGUUCCUUGUUAGACGGAUGCUGACGGUUAUAAAUCCUACUUGCAUUAUCAGCCGGUUAAAGGGAUUAAAGCCUGUUUUGCUGUGUUAUAGCAGUUUGCUCAUCAGCACUAUAUCCGUUAACCAUUUUUAUUACACCAUUAGAUUAUGUUGAACUAAUUUAAGACUACGUAACAUUGUAAAUGGUCACUUGACAACAAUAGAAAAGCAAUAUAAGAGCUCCAAUGUGAGUCUUUUUAAGCUCUGUUCGCAAUUGAUGUGGAGCAAGUAUUUUCUUUUUUAGAAAAUGCUAUUUCAGAGGGGACUGUGGCAAAACAUAUGGAUGACUGUUCAUAAAAAGAGAUUUGUAUGUGUAUAUGUAUAGUAUAGCCUUAUAAAGAACUGUUCUGUUGGUCACUGCUUUCAUUGUUUCAUUAUGCAACGGUUUCCCUCUGCGGCGACGGCUGAAAGAAAAGCUGUGGUUACUUUACCUCAAACAGUAUUUCAAGGGUCAAGACAGGCUGUUGAUAGAUGAGAGGAGGGCAACGGGAUACACGGGGAUGGCCGCUGCAGAGUCCGCUUCAUUGGUCGCAUAUUCUAUAGGUGAAUAGGUACAUGCUCAGUACUCGUAUGCACUCUCACAUGCUACGUAUUUGUCUCACCGUUCAGGCCGGCGAGGUUUGUGGCCUAAUGUGAAUUAACCGAGCUGUCAUCUUUCAAUAGCCCACUAACAACUACUACACGCGUAUCACCGGGUUUAUUUUCUCAUCACUUUGCAGUUGGUUGUGUAGUGGCUACUAGAUUAUUUCGCCGGUUGUUUUUGUACUCCUGGAUGAUGUUUGCGUGCUUGCUGUGUGAGACCUUUGGGAUACAAUGGAAUUUGCUCUCUAGUUAAUCCUGUGAUGCAGGUGUCAACUGUGUUGCCCUCUUCUAAAGCUCAAGACGAGGCAAAGCCCAUAACGAGAUUAAGAGAGCGGUUGUGUACCUGCACCUUUAACACUGGAUGGUUAAAUAACGGAGCCAUUAUCUACCUUCUAGGCUGCACUAUCGAACAAGAGGGAACAACCAACUGUUGUCAGUUAUUUUAUAGAUAAUCCAUCUUCUGGUUUUCUGGUCUCGAGCUUUGGGAGGGUUCAUCCCGACAAAAUGUUUAAGCCAAAGUCACAGGUUUACAAAGUAGGUGAAUUAUCUUUGGAUUGUGAUGGCAUGUUUUAUUGUGCAAAAAAUGUCUUCAAGAAAUAAAAUACUAGGCGAUAUAA